AACUUAGGAGUUCAUCACUUUGAUACCAUUAGGAAAAAUAACCUGUAUAUGUUAGCAGCUCAGCCUAUGUGUACGGAAUUACAAGGAUUAUCUCCGGGACAAAUACGUUUCUGUCGAGUGUACCACGAUCAUAUGCCAAGUAUUGGCCGAGGUGCACAAUUAGGAAUACAUGAAUGUCAGUAUCAGUUCAGGAACAGAAGGUGGAACUGUAGUACUGUUGAUGAUUCCUCUGUCUUUGGUCCAGUGCUAAAUAUAGGUAACAGAGAAGCAGGUUUUACUCAUUCAAUAUCUGCCGCUGGAGUAGUGUACGCCAUCAGCAGGGCUUGUCGCGAAGGUGAACUCUCUAAAUGUGGAUGUAGCAGAGCCAGACGACCAAAAGAUCUCCACCGAGAUUGGAUUUGGGGAGGUUGCGGUGAUAAUAUCGAAUACGGUUAUAAAUUUGCUAAAGCUUUCGUUGAUAUGAGAGAAAAAGAGAAAAAUCAUCCCCGCCAUUCAAGGGAUUUGUCCAGAAUGUUAAUGAACGUACAUAACAAUGAAGCGGGAAGAAGGGCUGUCUACAAUUUCGCUAAAGUUGCCUGUAAAUGUCAUGGUGUUUCCGGUUCCUGUUCACUGAAAACAUGUUGGCAACACUUACCCAACUUCCGGGAGAUCGGCAAUCGAUUAAAAGAUCGAUAUGAUGCGUCAACUGAAGUGAAAUUUAACAAACGUGGAACAAAGUUAACACGCAAAGUGAAGAAAUGGAACAAAUAUACUAAAAACGAUAUUAUAUUUUUAGACGACUCUCCCGAUUACUGUGAUAAGAACGCGGAGACAGGGUCGGUGGGGACUGCGGGGCGGGAAUGUGACCGAAAUUCCCAGGGACUUGGUGGUUGUGGCUUGUUGUGCUGUGGAAGAGGGUAUAAUACAUUCAAAAGAAAACUUAUAGAAAGAUGUAAUUGUAAAUUUCAUUGGUGUUGUUUUGUUCGCUGUGGUUCGUGUGAACGUUACGUAGAUGUUCACAUUUGUCGAUAA